CAGAACUCGGAUUAUUCUUUCAUAUAACCUUACAGCUCUUUCAUAUACCCUUAUAGCUUGAAAGAUAUUCAGCAUGCACUUCCUCUACUCUCUUCUCGCCACUGCUGGCCUGGCUGCAGCCCACGGUUACGUAGAAACCGGGACAAUUGAAACGCAGACCUAUCAAUUCUACAAUCCUUACACUGAUCCUUACAUGAACCCUGUUCCUAAGCGUAUAUCCCGCCCAAUUCCAGGCAACGGACCUGUUGAGGAUGUCACAUCCAUCGAUAUGCAGUGCAACGGCUACACUGCUGGUGGUAUCAAGGGAAGCUCACCUGCUGCUCUUCACGCCGAUGCUAAGGCUGGGUCAACUGUCAACCUGAAGUGGACUCUCUGGCCUGACUCUCAUGUUGGACCCGUCAUUACUUAUAUGGCUCGUUGCCCCGAUUCAGGUUGUGAUAGUUGGCAGCCUGGUACCCAGAAGGUUUGGUUCAAGAUUCAGGAGGCUGGACGUGAUGGAACCAGCAACAACUGGGCUACCAGCCCUUUGAUGAAGUCUGGUAACUCGGGUGUCAACUACACCAUUCCUGAGUGCAUCAAGCCUGGUUAUUACCUUGUCCGCCAUGAACUCAUUGCUCUUCACUCCGCCUCAGGAUAUCCCGGAGCCCAGUUCUACCCUGGCUGCCAUCAGCUCAAGGUCUCCGGCUCCGGUAGCACAACUCCUUCAAACCUUGUUGCUUUUCCCGGAGCAUAUGCCAGCACUGACCCUGGUGUUACCUACAACCCUUACCAGGCCACUACCUACAAGAUCCCUGGACCUGCCGUGUUCAAGUGCUAAAUGCAAUAUUGACUUGUACUGAGCAUCAAGUUUCUUCCCACAAGUUGGGCUUAUCAUUAUGACUGCGAGUCAGCCAUGAAUAUACAUUUGUUAUUUUGUAGCACCGAGAUCAAGAGCAAUGUAGCUGCACAUGUCAAUUCAUAGUAAAUAUAUAUGGCUUUGGCGCUAGAUAAUACACUUCCAUCAAAAGAAA